UAGACGAUCUUUGAGUUUAGCGGCGCCUCUCAGUGUCAACAUUACCAUGAACAAUCAGCAACCAAACAGCGAUGUUUAGCUGCUAACAACUUAACAAGCGCAGUUAUGUACUGUUUAUGCGUGUGACAGUGUACUUUAAGGAGUGGCAACAGGAGCCAACUGGUCUGCCUUAAGCGUUGACAGCAGCAGCAUCAGCACGGACAUGGUGAUGAAGGACUAGGAGAACCCCCCCAGAUGGAAACCCAGAGGAAGAGCUCUGGGGAUGAUGGCGGCGGAGAGCGAGGUCUGCUCCACUUGUGGCAGGGCUACUCCUGCAGCGUUACCCCAGAGAGGCUGCUUCUUCCCCGGCCCGUCCUGCAGGUUGCACUGGGAACACAUCAUGGACUCCUGCUGGUGGAAGGAGGACAGGUGUACAGCUUUGGAGAGUUGCCAUGGAAACAAAGUCCUAUCUUGGAGCAGGUGAAACCCUUGUUAGAGAAUGCACUCAGUGGCCAGCGUGUGGUUGCCGUAGCAGCCGGAAGUUUUCACUGUGGGGCUGUGACUGAGGAUGGUGGCGUCCACAUGUGGGGGGACAACGGUGCGGGGCAGUGCGGUCUGUCUGGCUUGAGCAUCGUCCCUAACCCGACCCCCGUGGCUCUGCUGGACUCCGACAGCAGCGCCCCACAGACUGUACCGGUGCUGGAGCUGUCCUGCGGGGGGCAGCACACCCUGGCUCUGUCGGUGCAGAGGGAGGUGUGGGCAUGGGGCAGCGGCUACCAGCUGGGACUGAGCGCUGCAGUGUUUCCAGUGUGGAAACCUCAGAAGGUGGAACAUUUAGCUGGCCGGUAUGUGCUCCAGGUGGCCUGUGGGUCUUCACACAGCCUGGCUCUGGUGCGCUGCCUCGGCCCGAAUGACGUCCAGCGCCCCCCUGCGGACAAAUGCGGUCACUGUCACCAACUGUUAUACACCAUGACGGACAAAGAGGACCACGUUAUCAUCUCUGACAGUCACUACUGCCCCCUAGGCGUUGAACUCACAGAGGAUGAGGCCAAACUGGAGGCUCCUGCCCCCACCCAAGGACUAAAAACAUCCCCGUCUGAGCCGGUCCUCCCCUCGUACACCUCCAGUGCAGUGCCAGCAACACCCACUCAAGUUACUGCUCUCUCUAAGGACUCGGAGAAAGGUGACACAGCUAUACCUAACGGAGUGCUUCAUGUGUCAGAGUCGGAGCCCACAGCUCAGACAAAGGGAGGUAACGGUGCUCCAGCGGGGGCCAAGAGUUCACCGUACCCAGAUGAACAGGCUGUCAAAGACUACCUGCAGAAACUGUCAGACCACACGCAAGCAGAACAGAUGGCUAAGGGAGGACUGCACACUCUGCUGUCCUCUGCAGACUCGGUGCCCUUGUCCACAUCCCCGUCCAGCAGCUCCGGCUCCACUCUCAACAACCUGGUGGCUUCAUGUGCCUCUGCAGUAGGAGAGCGAGUCGCAUCCACUUAUGAGGCCUUAUCCCUCAAAAAGAUGAUGAACUUCUACCUGCCCUCGGGGUUGUCUAAGUCUGGAGUACCCGUCGGGCUCACGGGGACUGUCCCGACUGCAGUGGGCGAUAACACCACAGAGCGUGUCCGCCAGGAGGACUCGGUUCAGGCCAAGAAGAGCUCGAGCACAGGCGACAUCCGUGAGGAGGAGGCUGAAGGCCUGCGAAGACGCCUCUCUCUCCCGGGACUCCUGUCACAGGGUAGAUACGCUGUUCACCUCUUAUCCUCCUCCUAUUCUCUGCUGCUGUCCCCUCGGCUGCUGAGGAAGGCCGGUCGUCCCAGGAUGCGUGCUGUCGCCCUCACCCCGUUAGGAGGAGUUGCCCAUGAGGCCCAGGAGGUUCUGCCCACCCUACAGACAGAGGUGUGGAGCUGGGGCCACGGAGAGCAUGGACAGCUGGGCCACAGAGACAACAUGGCCAGGUUACAGCCGCUGUGCAUCAAGAGCCUGACCAAUAAGGAGGUGGUGCGAGUGGCGGCGGGCGCUCACCAUUCCCUCGCUGUGACCGCCCAGUCUCAGGUGUACUCAUGGGGCAGUAACAGCUCCGGUCAGCUCGGACAUAUGGAGACGCCAAGCACCGUCCCACGACUCGCCAAACUCUCUGACGGGAUCCGGGUGUGGGAUGUGAGCGCCGGAGACAGACACACUCUCCUAUUGGCUGAUGGAGACUGCAUCCAGCCCAUUAUUUACUAUAGCGGGCAGCAGGUGAAGGAGGGCGCAGAGGAGAAGAAGCAGGACGAGAAAGAGGGUGAAGAGGAGGAGCAGGUUGGAGGUUACACCCAGCAGCCUGUUCUACUUCCCUUCUGUAUGAAUUUGGGUUAUGUGAGUGCCGUGUUCGCGGGCGGCCGUCGUUGCAUCGCGCUCUCCGACCAAAACGUCAUGGGCUUCAUCGCCAGCCUCCACGAACUGGCCGCGGCAGAAAGGAAGUUCUACUGCAAACUGUGCAACAUGAAGAUGCAGAUCAUACGCCCCCUGCUGGAGCUGGAGUCUCUGAGCUCAGCCCUUGGUCAGGUGGUCCUGGGGCUCCUGCAGUCUCUAGCAGGGCGUUUCAGCCUCCUGUGUCACCUGACGGGGCAACACGCAGCCAGCCUCACCUCCAACCUCCGCCGUGGCCGCGACGUCAACGGCCUGCUGAUCCUCGAUCACGCCGACAUCUUCCUGGACUCUUAUAAUGAGUACUGCAGUGCUGUGGGCCAUUUCCAGGUGAUGGGAGGUUUUCACGUUCUGACCAAGCCCUCGCUAGACUUCUUUGGAAAAAGUCCCGAGCUGCUCCAGAGGCUGGCAGAGUGCACGGAGGAGAACCCCGCCAUGGCUGACCUCUUGGUGGCGUUCUUCUACCUCCCAACACGUCACAUACAUGAAUACGGACGCCUGCUACUCAAGCUGGCCACGUGCUUUGAAGUGAGUUCCAGUGACUACCAGAGGCUUCAGGACAGCUGCUCUAAGUUUGAAGCUCUGGCUCUACAGCUGAAGAAGAAGAGGAAAGACGCUGAGUACACGUUUCAUUUUUGGAAGAGCUUUCCCGGCAAAAUGACGGACUCCCUCCGUAAGCCUCAGCGCCGCCUCAUCUGCGAGAGCAGCAACAAAGCACUGACCCUGCAGAACGCCGGGAGGUUCUCCGUCAACUGGUUCAUCCUGUUCAACGACGCUCUGGUCCACGCACAGGGUGUGGCGCCUUGUAAAAAUCUCUUCUCUACUCACCACGUGUUCCCCUUGGCAACGCUGUGGGUGGAGCCUAUCCCAGAGGACAACACCGGCCUAUAUGGGUUAAAGGUGAUCACACCAGAGGAGACAUUCACCCUGUUGGCCAGCUCUGCUAUGGAGAAGGCCAAGUGGCUUCGCUCCAUCAACCAGGCAGUGGACCAGGCCCUGAAUGGGGUGGGGCAGGACACAGCGUCAAUCAGCUCAGGGGUGGGGCAAAAGCUGGAGCCGCCCACCUCCAGAACGGCCUCGUACACGUUCUACAAGGACGGACGUCUGAAAGAGGCGACGUACGAAGGCCGCUGGCUUAAUGGGAAACCCAACGGCAGGGGAGUGUUGAAAUGGCCUGAUGGGAGAAUAUACACAGGGCUGUUCAAGAACGGACUGGAGGAUGGUUUUGGAGAAUUUCUUUCUCCCAACAAGACGCUGAACAAGAACGACCACUAUCAGGGCUACUGGAAAGAAGGGAAAAUGAAUGGUCUGGGAACAUACAGAUACGCCAGCGGUGAGGUUUACGACGGAUCCUUCCAGGACGGCAUGCGUCACGGCCACGGCAUGCUCCGCACCGGCAAACUCAACACCUCAUCUCCCAGUGUGUUCAUCGGCCAGUGGCUCCACGACAAGAAGACGGGAUAUGGAGUCUUUGACGACAUCACCAAAGGGGAGAAGUACAUGGGCAUGUGGCAGGAACACCAGCGGCAGGGCACAGCAGUUGUUGUCACCCAGUUCGGUCUGUACUACGAAGGAGCCUUCAAGGACAACAAGAUGAUGGGCACUGGUGUUCUUUUGUCAGAGGAUGACACAACAUAUGAAGGUGAAUUUUCCGACGACUGGACCCUGAAUGGAAAGGGUGUUCUGACCAUGGCGAACGGCGACUACCUGGAGGGCUCUUUUAAUGGAGAAUGGGGCUCUGGCCUCAAGGUGACAGGCUCCUACUUCAAACCACACCUCUUUGAAACUGACAAGGACAAGACCCGAACUGUGAAGCUGGGUCGCCUGUGUGUGUGUGCGGAGGACAAGUGGCAGGCGGUGUUUGAGGAGUGCUGGACUCAACUGGGCUGUGAGGCUCCGGGUCAAGGGGAGAACUGGAAAGCGUGGGAGAACAUCGCCGUGGCGCUGACCACCAGCCGACGACACAUCCAGGACAGUCCAGAGGUGUUGUCUCGGAGUCACAGCAGAACCCUGGAGAGUCUGGAGGUCAUCCCACAACAUGUUGGACCCAUCACUCUGGACAGAUAUCACACCAUCCGACUCUACCUCAUCAAGGCCUGUGACACGCCCCUGCACCCGUUGGGUCGUCUGGUGGAAACCCUGGUGGCGGUCUACAGGAUGACUUACGUGGGCGUCGGAGCAAAUCGACGGCUGCUUCCUCAGGCCGUCAACGAGAUCAAGUCUUACCUCAACCGCAUCUUCCAGAUUGUCAGAUUUCUGUUCCCAGACCUGCCAGAAGAGGGCGGUCUAAUUCCAGAACCAAGCACUAACCUCCAGGAUAAGAGGGAGCCAGGCUCAACUGAUGCCCCGCUGGAGUCACCUAAACCUGGACGUGUGGUGAGCAGCUCGGCUCUGCUGCUUCCCGUCCUGCUGCCCCGCCUCUACCCUCCGCUGUUCACCCUCUACGCUCUGGAUAAGGAGAAGGAGGAUGAUGUCUACUGGGAGUGCGUGCUCCGCCUCAAUAAGCAGCCUGACCUGGCCCUGCUCGCCUUCCUGGGUGUCCAACAGAAGUUCUGGCCUGUCUCUGUACCUGCAGAAGGAGAGAAACAACAGGUUCUUUCCAGUACCAAAGACACCUGCUUUGCAUCAGCAGUAGAAACACUACAGCAAAUCAGCACAACAUUCACUCCGUCAGACAAGCUACAGGUGAUCCAGCUCACCUUUGAAGAAAUCACCCAGGUGGUGCAGGCGCUGCUGAAGCAGGACUUCCUGUGGUCUAUGGACGACCUUUUCCCCGUCUUCCUCUACGUUGUGCUGCGAGCUCGUAUCAGAAACCUGGGGUCAGAGGUCAGCCUGAUUGAAGACCUGAUGGACCCCUGUGUGCAACAUGGAGAGCAUGGCAUCAUGUUCACCACGCUCAAGGCUUGUUACUACCAGAUCCAGCAUGAGAAGAUCACUUAAGCCAGGUGUGGCUUUACUACUGCCCCUCAGUGAUCUGCUGCCCCGCCUGCCCCCCCACCCUCAACCCUCAACCCCCGACCCCCCCCACCCGACCAGCCAGUCACAGGCCUGGGAUCAGCGGGGCCUCAGGGUGACGGACGCACGCGGCGGCCAAUGAGACGCAUAAGAAGAUCAUACAAACAGGUCGCAGAGAGCUCCAUCUGCUGCUGCUACGGAGACGGGACCACAGCUCCGCCUCCUCUCGUACACACACACACAGACACACCUACCAGCUUCCUGUGUUCAGACCAUGACAGCGCACAUGUGAAUAUAGUUGGUAUUUACUGGCGGGAAAGAGCCAUUUCAUACCGUGCACGUCGUUGACAUUAGCAGCGCUGAGGAAAAAACAUAUUCCAUUCACUAUUUUUUUUUUUUAGUGCCAAUUGGUCUGGACUUAAAUUCCUUUGAUUACAAUUAACAAAACACAAGAUACCAGACCACAUAUUCUUCCAUCUGAAGCUUUUGAGGAAUUCGGUUCUCUGUUUUCUGUGCAAUGGGAAAAAACACCAUCCUCAUGAAACAUAAACUUUUAUUUAACGUCUUUCUUGAUGGCAGACGUUAGUUUGACGCUAGGUUUAAUACUGUAUUUAUACAAACAAGCUAUUUACAGCAUGAGUUUGGUAACUGACAUGACUCAGACUCUAAGUAAUACUGCAACACCAGCUGGAUCUAGAAUCCAGUUGCAUGGACUGUAGUUAUUGGGUGACCUAAUGCUGCUGGAAUUAAAAAGAAAAAAAAAAGUCCCACAUGUGACUACAGCGACAGUUCUCUAUGAAACAAAUCCUCACUGGAACUGACAGGACACUUGAAGGACAGAGCUUCACGCUGUUGGAGACAAACUGACGCUGUGUCUUCUGAUGUGAAAGUGUUUAAUUAUGGACAUUUCGCUUCCAGAAGACGACAUUUACCGGCCGUGUCAAAGUCGUCUAUAAAUGGCUUCGGUUGCUCAUUUUUCCAGACAACCUGAAUGCUGGUUGUGUUGUAUUUGUAAACUGACUUUUCAGUAUUAUUGAAUUCUGAUGCGGUGCCUACAGAGACCUGCAAAACCUUCAGAUGUACCAGGAAAAAUGAGACGGUUUAGGAACUGACAAAAGUGUCUACUACAGUAUUAAUACAUGGAUAUAUUUUUCAGCCUUGUUUAUUUUCUUAAUGUGUUUAAGCUGUCUUGUUAGUGUUGUAAACCAUCAUCUCACUAAGGUGGUAUGAUGACAGUGAACAGAAGCUUCAAACACCUAAAGCCGAAACAGCUUCGUAUUCAGCUACUGUAAAUAAAUGAUAGUUAAUAGGAAACAGGGCCCUUAUAAGAUGUUUAUAGCAACUUUUACCUUAUAACACAUAUAAUGUUAAUAAUAGCAGUAUAAACACUUAUGUGGGCAGAUUGUUUGGCAUUUCUAAACAUUUUUACAAAACCUUUUAACAGUUUAUACCAGUUCACCAAGAAAAUCAAUGUUUUCAGAAUUAUUUAUUAUUAUUUCACCAAUUCUACCUUGAACAAAAUGAAUAGAAGCAAAACAGAAAGAAAUUACAUUGAAAGAUAGAUAUUUAUCAAAAACUGCUACACAUUAAGGAUUGUUAUUAAUAGCUCAUUGUUAAACCGCUGCUAAGUUUUCAUUUUGUUUACUUUAAUAAUUUGGUUGAAAAAAAGACUGUGUUUAUUAUGCCUUAACUUUUUCUACUAAUGACCUUAGGAUAAAUUAUUUAUUAAUAGUAAGUAAGCACUCUUGCUUUAAAUUUAUUAUCUCAAUGGUAAAUAAGUUACAAAGGUAACUGUUAAUAAAAGUAUAAUAAAGCAGUUUUAAUCUUAAUAUGUGAAGAACCAUGGGGGAAAAGGAUUAACAAUGACUAAGCUGUUAAAACUUUAUUAUGCACUAAUUAAGAAUUAAUUAUGCACCAAUUAGCAGUUAAUAUUGCCUUUUGGUGCAACAAAACAGUGCCUUUUAUAAUGAUUACUAAUCCUUUAUUAACCUUAAGGCAGUGUCCUUAAAACAAUCUACAGUUGACUCUUAUGUUAGCUUAAGAAAGGUUCAAAAAGCUUUGUUUUUGUGGUGUUAUGAUUAAUAUCUGCUUUAUUAUGCAUUUAUUAAUGUUAAAAAUGAAGUUAUUACAAUGACUGGAUGCAAAGCAACAACACUGCCUCAAGGUUAAUCAAUAAUUCUCACAGUAGAUUUGAGACCUGUGAAAAACACAGUUAAUAUACGUCCAUAAAGUACUGAUAGCAGAGUUAAUUAAAGUCAAUAAAUGCCUCCAUUAUGCUAUUAUAAACAAUUAUCCGAAAAUCAGACGGUGUUUUUAAACAUUCAUAAGCAGUUUAUAUCCUGUUAUAAACAUCUUGUAAUGGAACAAUGAACAUAAUUGUUGCUGUUAUUUAUGAGUUAUCAUGUUAAUAAGUGAUAAUAAAGGCUUUAUUACCUGUUAACUAUCACUUAUUAUAAGGAAUGUUUUCCCUAAUUGAAUCCCAUCUAAAUUCAGGUUUAAUGACUGACUGAUUAUUAUGUUAAAUAAACAGUUUCAAGAGUCUAGGUUAACUGUAUUAUUUAGGAUAACAGUGGGUUUUGUUUUUUACAGAGAAGAAGGAAAAUCAUCAGUUGAAGGUCAGAAGCUUCUUUAUAUGCAUUGUACUUAUACUUGUCGUUUUUCCUGCAGCAGGUGAAACCCUAGUGAAGAGCCAGGAUGCUGAAUAUUAACAGUCAUCCUAGUUGUGAUGCUCAAAGCCGACCCACACCCACCAUCUGUUAAUACUAACUGUUCUUUUUUUAAACCAUUUACAGCACGAACUGUCACACGCUUUUGCUUAUUGGUGAUUUCAUGCAAGUUUAUAAAAGGGCUUAAGAGGGAUUCAGAGGAUGACUGAGCCCUUUUUUUUUCCAACAAUAGAAAGCCAGAGUCCUCUUUUCACAGGGACGCCGUCGCUGCCUUGCAUGACUUAAUUUUGCAGCUUCUACAUGAAGUCUUCUCUGAGGUAGUAAAUAAGAAAUCCAGUUCCCAUUGUAGUUCCAUGCAUCUGAAGUGCUCUUUGAAUGGUUAAUAUCCAAAUAACCCUGAACAUAAUUCUCAUAAGCUCACGUUGGGUUUGUGAUUUAAACCCUAUCGAUAACUGACCAGAUAACUUACCUCAGCACCUGUUUACCACAAAACAGCUGUUUCAAUUUAUGUAAAACAAACAGAUAAAAAACUUAACCGAAACAGAACAGAAACAAGUGUUUUGUCCAUGUUUGUUGGUUUGGUGUUUCAGCUGGCUGACAGUGACGCCCACCUGUGUGUCUUUUACAUGAUGUCAAACGGAUUGUACCUUUACACGACAACAAAAAAGGGCAAUAAACUUAUUUGAUGGACGUAAA